AUGAGAAGGCUCAAUAGCACCCCCCAUCACACCAACGGCUUUGUUUUGGUAGGCUUUUCUGAAUGGCCCCAACUGGAAAUGGCUCUUCUUGUGGUUGUCUCCAUUUUCUAUAUAGUGACGCUCUUUGGGAAUUCAGCUAUUAUCAUUUUGUCCCGCCUUGAUCCAAAACUCCACACCCCCAUGUACUUCUUCCUGGCCAAUCUUUCAUUUUUAGAUCUCUGCUAUACUACUUCUACUGUCCCCCAGAUGCUGAUAAAUAUUCAGAGCCAUAAGAGAAGCAUCAGCUAUGUGGGCUGCAUAGCACAGCUGUUCAUCUUCCUUGGCCUGGGAUCUACAGAAUGUGUGCUUCUCUCCAUCAUGGCCUUUGAUCGCUAUGUGGCCAUCUGCCAGCCUCUUCGUUACACAAUUAUCAUGCACUCUCAGCUGUGCCAACAGCUGGCAGCAGUAUCCUGGAUAACCGGUUUCAGCAACUCUUUGGUGCAGACAGUGUUGACGUCUUUAUUGCCUCGUUGUGGCCAAUACCAGAUAGAGAAUUUCUUCUGUGAGGUACCUGCCAUGCUUCGGUUAUCAUGCAUUGACACCUGGGUCAAUGAGGUAGAGAUGUAUGCUGCUGUGGUUGUCAUAAAAGUUAUCCCCCUUGGGUUAAUUCUUUUCUCUUACAUCAACAUUGUCAGAGCAGUCAUAAGGAUACAAUCUUCUGAAGGCCGUAAGAAGGCCUUUCACACAUGUGGGUCUCAUCUUCUGGUGGUCAUCAUGUUCUAUGGCUCUGCCAUCAGUGGAUAUGCAUACAUGGCACCCAGGAGCAGCUCAGCUAAACUGAAGGGCAAGCUUUUGGCACUCUUCUAUGGACUCAUAACCCCAAUGCUGAACCCACUUAUCUAUACCUUGAGGAACAAGGACGUCAAGGCAGCAGUGAAGAAGAUACUUGGAAGAGAACAAGAGCAAGGAUGGAACUUGGCUUAG